AAAUAUGGAAUACUGUGUAGCUGGCUUGAUGUUGAUAUGACAGAUAUUUUAUAAUCGAAAAUUCUCUUGACUGCACUAAUUACUAAACGAAGAAUUUACCUAGUUCUUAUCUGAAAUAUUUUGACAUUCUUAGUGUUUGCUUUAUGUAUUGUUCUAACGCAAAGUGCUCUCACAGUAACUAGUUUCCUUUAACAUGUUUCGAAUUAUCCUCGUAUAAUUAAUUGUACCUCUAACCUCUGGAGAAAGGAGGAUUAUGCUUGAAUUUUGGGCUUUAGCCUUGUCUCGGGACGGAAUAACUGCAAUAUAUAUCAAAGUGCGUUAUCGGGAAGCAUCUAGCAAGGGCUUUUGAUGUGAUGUUCUCACUUUCAUUUAUACAGGUUCAAACACCUUCCCUUUUCGAUAUUCAACUGUCCAAUUUGGUGAAGCGUGAAAAGCAAUCUCGUAGAACAAAGAGCUACCGUACCAGCUAUGCACUCAACCAAAACUUCCCCAUUUUUUCUCCCAAUGAUGUAGCCUUUUCUACACAUGGUCAUUCUCAUUCAACAUCCCUUAAAAAUGCGGAUAAUAAUGAAAAGGUAAAUGUGUUUUAUUCUGAUGCUACUCCUAUCAAUCAGUCAACAGACUCCACGACACUUGGUAACUGGCUUCAGGCUUGUUCUAGCGUGGAAGAAACAAGAAAACUGCAUACAAUUAUUGUUAAGUGUUCCAACAAUCCUGUCCCCUUCGUAUACAAUAAUCUGAUUAGUGCAUAUAUAAAAUCUGAGGAUCUGGUAGCUGCUUGUAAGGUGUUUGAUAAUAUGUUGGACAAAAAUGUUGUUUCUUGGACUGCUAUGCUCAACGGCUACCUAAGAUUUGGGUUUGAUGAUGAAGCUCUAAGAUUGUUUAGUGAGUUUGUUGAGAAUGGGUUUCAAGGAAAUUCGAAGACAUAUGUAUGUGCAUUAAAUUUAUGUAGCAGGACAAGUAAUUAUGACCUUGGGAAGCAACUACAUGCAUGCACACUCAAGGGUAGAUUAAGUAAUAUUAUUUUAGAUAGUGCUAUUUUGUAUUUCUAUGCGCAAUGCAAUGAUUUGGAAGACGCUUUUCGUGUAUUUGACCGGAUGGAAAAGUGGGAUGUGAUUAGUUGGACAACCAUGAUCACAGCUUGUUCACAGUAUAGGCAAGGACAGGAAGCUUUUUUGGUGCUUUCUCGAAUGUUAGCAGAUGGACUUGAGCCUAAUGAGUUUACUGUUUGUAGUAUUUUGAAUGCUUGUGGGGAAGAGAAGGAACUGAAACUUGGUAGACAAUUUCAUGGUGUCAUCGUUAAGAAGGCAUUUCAUUUGGAUGUUUUUGUAGGGACUUCCUUAGUGGAUAUGUAUGCAAAGUGUGAGGAGAUUGAGGAUUCAAGGGCACUGUUUGAUGAGAUGAAAAGAAAAAACAUAGCCACUUGGACUUCUAUUAUAGCAGGAUAUGCUCGCAAUGGACUUGGUGAAGAAGCCAUAAGACUCUUCCGUAUGAUGAAGAGACUGAAGAUAUUUCCUAACAACUUAACCGUAGUUAGCAUCCUUAGAGCUUGUGGCUUACUCAGGGAUUUAUCGACAGGAAAAGAAGUUCAUGCACAAAUUAUCAAGAAUUUUGCACCAAGCAAUAUUUACAUCGGAAGUGCCCUUGUGUGGCUCUACUGUAAAUGUGGAGAGUAUUAUGCCGCAUCUAAGGUUCUCCAAUACAUGCCUGAUAGAGAUGUAGUUUCUUGGACUACAAUGAUUUCUGGAUGUGCUCAUCUUGGUCAUGAGUACGAGGCCCUUGAAUACUUGAAAAAAAUGUUGCGCGAAGGUGUGGAACCCAACCCUUUUACUUAUUCAUCAGCUUUGAAAGCAUGUGCAAAUCUGGAAGAUAUCAAUCAAGGAAAAUUGAUUCACUCCUCUAUAAAUAAGACCCUGGCAUUACCCAAUGUAUACGUGGGAAGUGCUUUAAUUAAUAUGUAUUCCAAAUGUGGAUAUAUUUCAGAGGCAGUUCAAGUGUUUGAUAGUAUGCCAGUGAGAAACUUGGUUUCUUGGAAGGCAAUGAUUGUUGCUUAUGCAAAAAAGGGGCUGUGUGGAGAGGCAUUGAAGCUCAUGUACAGAAUGCAAGCAGAGGGCAUCGAGGUGGAUGAUUACAUCUUUUCAACUGUUCUUUCUGCAUGUGGAAAUUUUGACUGGGAUAUGAAUUCCUCAUCAGAGCAUGUUUGCAGCCUUAAAAAUCUUUAAGAGAAUUGGUGUAUGUUUUGUUAUGAUAGAGAAAAGUACCAUGAAAUCUACUAGCAAACAGUAAAUAUAUGUGUUGUAACAUUAAAUUAUUUGAUAAUAUCUUGGUGGAAGCAAUUUUAUUUAUCAUAAUAUUCAAUACUAUCAAAUGAGAUUUACAUGC